UUUGCUUACUAGUCAACCAUGCACUUCUUCAACCGUUGACGACAAAAUGUUUCUAUAAUUGCAGAAUCCUUAGGCUAGGACUCGUGAAUCAGCAGUCUCUCUCUUCUUGUCCAAAACAGAGAGAAAGAAAUCCACAUGCUUUCUACCCACAUGCUUUCUCGCAUCUGCUUAUCUUUCUCAUUCUUAAUUCUCAGUUUUUGUCUUCGGUUAUGCUUUGCAAGGGAUUCCAUAAGGUUUAAUGCUCCAAUUAAAGAUCAAGCAACACUUGUUUCUGCUGGAAAAAGAUUUGUUCUUGGAUUCUUUUUCCCAAAUGGAGGUGAUAUUAGCCGUAGAUACCUUGGGAUCUGGUAUUUGGGCUCAAAUUCGAGGAUUGUCGUUUGGGUUGCUAAUCGUCAACAUCCACUUCAGGAUUCAACUGGAGUUCUUGCCAUUGUAGAAGAUGGAAACAUCAAGGUAUUAGAUAAAUAUAAUCAAUCUUACUGGUCCACUGAAAUCAGGCCAUCAACAUCGUUAACUUUCAAUCGGACGUUGAAGCUCCUGGAUUCAGGGAAUCUAGUUCUCAUUCAAGAAGGUGAAAGUGAAAAUAUACUCUGGCAGAGCUUCGAACAUCCAACUGAUACAUUUCUUCCCGGCAUGAGGAUGGACAGGAAGAUGAAAUUGGUUUCUUGGAAAAGUCAAGACGACCCUGCACCAGGGGCCUUCACGUUUCAGCUAGAUCAAGAGAGAGAAAAUCAGUACAUAAUCUUGAAUAGAUCUGUGCCAUAUUGGAAAAGUGAAGUUUCAGGAGGGUUUACCCGCCCUGAUCAAAGGCUCCUGAUUUUUACCUUCUUGCUUAAGAAUUUCAGCAGGAUUAGCUUCUCAAGCAGUGACAUACCUUCAUCAGUAAACCCUCUGACUUUCAAUAUGACCAACCGUACCACCAUUGAUUAUAGUAAUACAAGAUUGGUGAUGGCUUUAAAUGGAACGAUACAAUUUUUUUGGCCGGGUAAUGAGAGUGAGACAGCCUCUUUGAAGAGAUGGGAGUUGGAACCAAGAGAUCGGUGCAGUGUAUUUAACGCCUGUGGGAAUUUUAGUACCUGCAACAGUGAGAACAUCUUGAAAUGUAAGUGCUUGCCGGGAUUUAAGCCCAAGUCACAGGAAAAUUGGGAUUCAGGGAAUUUUUCACAUGGUUGUACAAGAAUAUCGCCAAUAUGCAGCAAGGAUGUCAAUGUUAGCAACUUCCUGAAUCUGAAGACGAUGAAAGUGGGAAAACCAGACGGUGUACUUGAGAGUUUGAAUGAUGAAGAUGAAUGCAAGAAGACGUGCCUCAAAAAUUGCGCUUGCCAAGCGUAUUCUUAUCUCAACGCUUCAAAGGGUGGUAAUGGUAACUCUAUAUGUUGGAUUUGGUCACAAGAGCUUAACAAUAUUCAGGAGUUGUAUGACUUCGGUCGAGACCUCAAUUACCGUGUCCCGCUUUCCGACAUAGAUCAGAUGAAAAGAAGUUGUCACCCUUGUGGCACCCAGAUCAUCCCUUACCCGCUCAGCACCGAAUCAAACUGUGGUGAUCCACUGUACAACUAUUUUAGUUGUGACAAUGCGACUGGUCGUCUUAGCUUUCUAACAAAUAAUAGUUAUUAUCAAGUCCCUGGCAUCAACGGAGAAUUGCAUAAAUUUUCCAUCCAAAUUGAUGAAGCAGCUUGUAAAUCUAUUGGUUUAAACAAAGAUUUUCUGAAGCUGCCUUGGGCAUUUAAUAUAACUAGUGGGUGCAAAAACUAUAGUUUUGGUAAAGAAGUAGAAAUUAAAUGGGAGUUCCCAUCAGAGCCAGUAUGUCAUAAACCUGAAGACUGUAUUGACUGGCCUUCUUCAACUUGUUAUGGACAAAGUGGGACGAGGUCAUGCACGUGCAAAGAACCCUUUCGAUGGGAUUCGAUUAAACUCAAUUGUACUUCAGGCAGUGGUUCCUCUAGUCCAAAUCAAAGACGUAACAAGAAACAGAGACCAUUUUAUCAAGUCUUGUUGGGAGCUAUUGCAACUGUUACAGUCAUUUCAUAUGCAGCUUUCUAUUUGUAUACGAGAAGAAGAAGAAGGGUAACUAUACAAGAAAACAGAGAAGGAGCCCUGGAAACUGUAGCAAUUCGUUUUUAUGACAGUGAAAGACAAGUCAAAGAUUUCAUGGAUUCUAACCGAUUCAGUGAAGAUGACAAGAAAGGCCUAGAUGUACCAUUUGUUGAUUUGGAAUGCAUAUUAGCUGCUACAGAUAACUUCUCUGAUGCAAACAAGCUUGGAAAAGGUGGUUUUGGGCCUGUUUACAAGGGAAGGUUUCCAGGAGGACAAGAAAUUGCAAUAAAGCGGCUGUCCAGCGGUUCAGGACAAGGCUUGGAGGAAUUCAAGAAUGAGGUUGUAUUGAUUGCCAAACUUCAACAUCGGAAUCUAGUUAGACUUCUGGGCUAUUGUGUCGAAGGACAUGAAAAGAUAUUACUUUAUGAAUACAUGCCUAACAAGAGCUUGGAUUCCUUCAUAUUUGACCGAACAAAAUGUGUAUUGUUAAAUUGGGAGCUGCGCUUUAACAUUAUCAUGGGGAUUGCUCGAGGGCUACUUUAUCUUCACCAUGAUUCCAGAUUGAGGAUCAUACACAGAGAUCUGAAGACAAGUAAUGUUCUCUUAGAUGAGGAAAUGAACCCUAAAAUUUCUGAUUUUGGCUUGGCAAGGAUCUUUGGAGGCAAACAGACAGAAGCAACCACAGAGAGAGUUGUUGGGACUUAUGGGUACAUGUCUCCAGAGUAUGCAUUGGAUGGCUUUUUCUCAAUCAAAUCUGAUGUCUUUAGUUUUGGGGUAAUUUUGCUUGAAAUCAUUAGUGGAAAAAGGAACACUAUAUUUUACAAGUCUGGUCAAGCUUUCAACCUUCUCGGCCAUGUGUGGAGGCUGUGGAAAGAAGAUAAGGCGUUGGAGUUGAUGGAUCAAACAAUACGUGAAAGUUGCAAUGCAAAUGAAUUUAUGAGAUGUGUUAAUAUUGGGUUAUUAUGUGCACAAGAGGACCCAAAUGAUCGUCCCAACAUGACAGAUCUUGUCUUCAUGCUUGGAAGUCAAACUGCAACUAUUCCAAGUCCAAAGCAACCAGCCUUCGUAGUAAGGAGAUCCCUCUCUAAUGAAGCUAAUUCUUCCUCUUCUUCCUCUAAAAAAAUAGUGGAGACGAAUAUUGCAUUAACAACUAGCCUUACAGAUGGCCGAUAAUGUUAUUAUUUCUAUUAUUUUUCUUUUGUUAAUAUAUCAAUUAUAUGAAUUUUAUUUA